CGCUUGUAUUUCUUUAUUAAUAUUAUAUUUAAACCCAUUGACUGAGUAAUUGAAAAAUGUUCUAAAGACUAGACGAUAGAUCUAGAUUAGAUAUAUAAUUUAUUAUGUAAUAGAGUCUAGAUCUAAUUAAUUUGUAUUUCUCUCUUUCUAAUUUUAGUCUUUGAGUUAAGACUUUUGAAGUUGAGACAGUGACUGAGUGAAAUGGCUCAUAGCAACACAACAGGACCUAGAAAAGGAUCCAGAUACCACCGUUUGGAUGAUAUUCCAACAGAUACAUUUACACCAAGAACAUAUCAGAUUCAGCUUUUGGAUUCUGCUUUGAAAAGAAAUUCUCUACUAUGUCUCGGUUGUUCAGAGAGCAAAAUUUUUUUAGCUUUAAUGCUAGCAAAAGAGCUUUCCUCUGUAACAAGAUUGUCUCUAGGAGCAGGUGGAAAGCGGACAUUUUUUCUAACGGACUCAGAAGAGGAUGUUGAUCUCUUAUGUCAGACACUACCAAAUCACACAGAUCUUUUCAUUAACAGCUGUCCAAUGGGAUUAGAAACAGAGGUUGAAAAAUCCUUUAAUGACUGGCGCAGUCUAAUGCAGUCUAAUAAUAUUUUAGUCUGUCUGGGGACUAAUUUUUUGUAUGCUAUACAGAGAAACUAUAUCCAGUUGAAAGAAGUAAAUUUGAUUAUAUUUGACAACUGUCACAAUGCAGUGGAGGUAGAGAAUCAUCCUUAUGCAGCGAUAGUACAAGGCAUUAAAAAAUUGACUAAGUCAGACAGACCCCAUAUCCUUGGUGUAACAGCAGCUAUUGCUGGAACUGACUGCAAUGAUCCAGAGAAGUUAACAAGAACCAUUUCAUCUAUGGAAGAAACAAUGUUUGCCUAUGCUGAGACUUCUAUGCUGAUUCUCUCAGAGCGUUUCGGCUGUCGCCCGAAGGAGUCAAUCAUCAGAUGUGGUGACAGUGAGCUUUACGAUGAUCACAGCUCAUUGAAAGAUCUCUUGGAAGACAUUCUAGAACAGUGCUACUUUUUUUUCUCAGACUGCCGAAUAUCCAUUGAUGAUGCUGUGGAUAAUCGGAAUCCCUGUGACACACCAUUACAAGUAUUAAAUCAAUGUCUGAACAUUCUAAACAUCUUAGGUUCGUGGUGUACAGCUUCUGUUGCAGAGUACUUUAUCAUGCAACUAGACAAAAUUAUUAAGUUUGAAAAAAACGACAUCCAUAAACAGUUUCUACGCUGUGUGAUCACCACACUUCGUUAUCUUGUGAAGACAUUUGAAAUGAAUUUCCACCCUAAUUAUGAUGUCAAUGAGCUCCUGGAGUACACGACGCCAAAAGUUCGUGAGCUAGUAACUGUUUUAAGAAAAUACAAGCCAGAGAUGGACUUUAUCAUUGUCAGUAACAGUGACAGCUACAAUGACGAUGAUGAGUUCUCAGAUAUUUCUGAUGAUGAUGAUGACUCCAUCAUGUCAGGCUCUGAUGACGAAGACAGUAGUGGGGAAGGAACAAAGUCAAAACCUAUGCAUAUAGCAGUGAAACGCACCCCUGAUGGUGGACAUGAACGAAUCAUGACAUUCUCCGAAGAGGAGGAAAAAAACCUUUGUGGAAUUGUUUUUGUAGAGAGCCGCUACAUUGCAUUUGGCCUUAAUAAAAUCAUUGAAGAGGUUUGCUCUUGGGAUGAAAAUCUGUGUUUCGUAAAGAGCUGCCAUAUAACUGGUCAAGGUUUGCGGGGAGCUAAUGGAAAGCAGAAAGUCAACAAAACGUACAAGCGCCAGGAAGAGGCUCUGAGAAAGUUUAGAACUCAGGAGUGUAAUCUAGUCAUUGCCACUUUAGAGUUGGAAGAAGGCAUUGAUAUACCAAAAUGUAAUCUCGUUGUAAGAUUCGACCCUCCUAAAGAUUUUAGAGCUUAUGCUCUUUCAAAGGGUAGAGCUCGUGCAAGGGAUGCUGUCUAUGUAAUCUUGUUGGAUAAUGAUAAUUUUGAAGGAUUUAACUCAAGUCUUAAAGUUUUUAAAGGAAUUGAACAGGUACUAUUGGGUGAAAACAGAAGUCUCUCUUUGACUGAGUCACUAAGCUCUGGUGAAGAAGCAGACUGUGAGGCUGAAGAUGAUGAGGAGGAAAUGAGUGAAUCAAAAGAUCAACAAUUGACUCCAUACUAUACUAUGCCAAAUACUCCAAACUCUCCGCAUGUAACUAUGCAAAGUUCCAUAGCUCUUAUAAACAGAUAUUGUGCUAAACUCCCAAGUGAUGCCUUCACACAUCUUACACCUCAUUGUCGCAUUGAAUCUGUUGCUGGAGAGCCACCGCUUUAUAUUGCCUACUUAAGGCUACCCAUCAAUUCUCCAAUUAAAGAAGAACUGCAGGGUCCUGCAAUGAAAACCAGAAAGCUUGCCAAGAUGGCAGUAGCACUUAAAAUGUGCGAAAUACUUCACAAAAAAGGAGAGUUAGAUGAAAACUUGGUUCCUGUGGGUAAGGAGAUGUUUCUCUAUGAAGAAGAGGAAGAGUGUCAGAAUGAGGAAGAUAUGACUGGUCAGGCCAGACCUGGAACUACAAAAAGAAAACAAUUUUAUAUCAAAAAGACUGCUGAAGUGUUGCUUAAUUGUCGUCCACUGCCCGGUGAGCCUUCCUUUUUAUAUCUAAUCAAUUUAAAGCUAACAGGACCAAUCACUGAUGAGCAGAACACUAGAGGUAGAGUAAUCUAUGCACCAGAGGAUACAGUGCAGACACUUGGGAUUCUCUUGUCUAAGAAAAUUCCUUUGAUGCCGUAUUUUCCUGUCUACACGAGGUCAGGGGAGGUCACUGUAUCUAUUGAUCUAAUUCAAGACAUCAUAUGUUCUGAGGAGGAAAUCUUGCGUCUUUCGAAAUUUCAUCAUUUUGUUUUUUCUGGUGUUCUACAUCUUGAGAAAGACCCUAUGGACUUUGAUUAUGUCAAGGCAGACUGUGGCUACCUUGUUGUUCCAUUAAAUGGAAAAUCGCAUAAUGAAUUAGAAAUAGAAUGGGACUUUGUGGACAAAGUAAUUGAUUUUAUAAAAAUAGAGAAACGAGCAGGAUUCAGUUCCAAAGGUGGCAGUGAGCCAUUUCAUUUCAAUGUGGAUGACUUUGAAGAUGCAGUAGUCAUGCCUUCAUAUCGUAACAUAGACCAGCCUCAGCACUUUUAUGUUGCAGAGAUCCGUCACGAUUUAAAUCCAGUCAGCCCUUUCCCGUCACCAGAACUUUAUAAAACAUUCCAAGAUUACUAUACAACCAAAUAUGGAUUAAUGAUCACCAAUACUGUACAACCUCUCUUGGAUGUUGAUCAUACUUCUGCAAGACUGAACUUACUCACUCCUCGAUACAUGAAUCAAAAAGGUGUGGCACUCCCUACCAGCAGCGCUGAGACAAAGAGAGCUAGAAGAGAAAAUCUGCAGCAGAAACAGAUAUUGGUUCCUGAACUCUGUGAUGUUCACGUGUUCCCUGCGUCACUGUGGAGAAAAACUGUUUGCCUUCCUGCUAUUCUCUAUCGAGCAAACUAUUUAUUAUUGGCAGAAGAAUUGCGUCAGAAAAUAUCUAGAGAAACUGGAAUAGGUCUUGAAGGGCUUCCAGAAAGAUUCAGAUUUCCUAAGCUCGAUUUUGGUUUUGACACAAGUCCUGAGAAGCUGCUGGACAAUGAAGGAUUUAGUAAGAAAAAUAGUCCAAACAGCAAAAUAUCAAAAGUUGAGGAGGCUAAUGUAAGAUUAGGACACCCAAGACUUAAGUUAGAAAACUGUGAACUUCAAACUGAAAAUUUUAAAGACCAUCAAAUUCAGCCAGAUGAAAUAGCAUUUACAAGUGAAGACACCAAAACAGAGUCUUCCUCUGACAGUGAUUCUGGUGUUGCAUCAUCAUCAUCAAGCUCAGAUAACUGUGCCAGUAAAUUUUACAAGUGCGAAGCUCAAACUAAUUUAUCUUUAGAGCAGAAGAGUGUUGAUAAAAACUCAUCAAGCCCAUCUGUUGAAUCCUCCAUUACAAACUAUGCAUCAGAUGAUAUUACAACUUCUACGACCAACUCAGUGUCUUGCAAUAACCAAAAUAGCACCUUCACAAAAGAUGGCUGUGAUCUCCCUUUUACGCCUGCUCUUCAGCAAUCAAAAAGUAAUUUCAGCACACCAGCUAUGUCUGUGAUAAGUUUAUCUAAUCAUGCACCUGUCACAAAAUGUACAUCUACAAUAUCUUUGGCCACUAGUCUGUCUCCCUCAGUCUCACCCACCUUCAAUGUUGACACUUUAAAGACAAAUGAAUCCACAACUUAUCUAUCUAAAGAUACUAAAUCUUGUGAGAUUAAUCAAAUUUCACUGGUGGCUGACACAUCCACUCCCGGUGCCUAUUGCCAAACUGGUGCUAAUAUUAAUGCAACAUUGUUUUUACCUUGCUCCACAAUAACCACACCACCUUUAUUUAUGUCUUCAUCAUCUGUAUUGUCGUCAUCAUCAUUAUCAUCAUUUUGCAAUAUCAAAGAUCCUAGUUUGGUUGAAGAGUUCUCAUGCUCGCCAAUGUCAACUAAACUUGUAGCAGGGAAGAUGAACCCCUCUGAUCCGUCAUCAUCUGUUUCCCCAAAUAUCAAUGCAGUUUUAAAUGUUAAAAACCAUCUUAGCAAUUCCAAGGCUGACCUCAAUUUUCCAGGUUGUGAACCUCAAGGUCCUGAUGCUGCUGACCCUGCCUUAUUUCCAGCUACAGAAUGUAUUCACGAUACUUUAACCACAUCUCUAUCUAACCAUUGUGCAUCUCAUUCACCAGUUGCUCAAUCAUUUAACCAUAACCACAUCAGCCCUUCGAACAAAGCCAUUCGGCAAGAACAUGACAGUGCGCACACUAAGAAUGGCUAUUUGUUGAAUGGCCAUGCGAAACAUGGCAAUGACAGUGAAUUAAGUGAUGGUCCAUCAAUCAUUAUGAACACUUUGUCAGAGGAACUCAGCGGACUAGAUAUUGAUCUCAUAAUUCCCCAAACCAACACUUCUGAUACAUUCCAUACAUUUGAUACACCUCUCCAAAGUGACACAAAAACAAACUCUCAGUGUGGAAAAAAAUAUGGCCAAUCUUCUUGGCAGCAAGCAUGGCUUAAUGAGAUGGAGGCUGAUUUGUUAGAGGAAGAAAAUCAGACGGAUGAAAAAUGUGUAUGGAAUUCCGAAGAAAAGGCUUUAACUGACAAAGAAAAGAACAGCAAGAAUGUUCCGGAGGAAAGUUUAUUAGCAGAUAAUGAAGUCAUCAAAUUCUCGUUUGAUACACAGGAAGUUAAAACUACUCAAGAUAACUCUUCAUCUCAAGACAAAAAUGAAUUAGAGAAAGGAAAUAGUGUCCAAGUACACACUAAGUCUGAGGAAGCACCAACUAAUAUAACAGAUUUUGAAAUAGAUUACUGGAAUACAGCUGACAAGAAUACAAAAAAGUCUGGAGAGAACUCUUUGACCAAAAUGUAUAACAAAUUGAUUGACCAAGAUGAGGGCAUCUAUGAUGAGCUUCCCUCUAGGCCUUUGUACAGCAAGCUAAAAGAAUUGAAGGAACUAUCAGCCAGUUAUCAGCAGGCUGAUGCUGUAGCCACUGUCAGUUUAGAUGAGGAUAGAGAUUUAACAACCUUUGUCGGCCCCAGCCCUUGCCUCAUCAUGCAAGCCCUGACCAUGUCUAAUGCCAAUGAUUUCUUCAGUCUGGAGAGACUGGAAACAAUAGGUGACUCCUUUCUCAAGUAUGCCAUUACAGUGUAUUUGUAUUGCAGCUAUCCCGGCAUACAUGAAGGAAAACUGAGUUACUUGCGUAGCAAACAGGUUAGUAACUACAAUUUAUAUAGGCUUGGACGUCGCAAAGGUUUGGCAGAGUGCAUGGUGUCUACAAAGUUUGAACCCUUUGAAAAUUGGUUGCCGCCGGGCUAUGUCAUCAAUGAUGAUAAAAGACGAGGUCCAGUACCCAAAGUUGUCAUAGUGACACCAGGAUCAAAAGUCAAUAACUCGCUACGCAACUUUUAUUUGGAUGAGGCUGAUACAGCCAAGAAAGAUGAAGCAGUCCUAUUCAAUAAAGAACUGGAAUGGAUUCAACAAAGCCAAGAGGCAGACCAACAGGAUGAAGUGCAGCAGGAACCAAGUAACAAUCUAACACCAUACAGUCUUCAGUGUCAUCAUGGGCUCCCAGACAAAAGUGUGGCUGAUUCUGUAGAGGCUUUAAUUGGUUGCUACCUUACUACAUGCGGCCGAACUGCUGCCUUGAUAUUUAUGUCUUGGCUUGGACUCAGGGUACUUCCAAAGAAAAAGAAAACAAUAGAGGAUAGCAACAAACUAGAAAGGGCUAGUGGAAGUUCUUUUUGUAAGCUAGCUGAGCUUGAGUUUGAUGAGCUCCGCUGUCCCCCAUCCCCAAUGUUCUCAAACACAGAAGAGAAUCAAGCCAAGCUUCAACACUUGUUGCAAGGGUUUGACUCUCUUGAAGAAAAGAUUGGCUACACAUUUAGAGAUAAAUCCUAUCUGCUUCAGGCGUUUACUCAUGCUUCCUACCAUUACAACACUAUCACCGAUUGUUAUCAGAGAGUUGAAUUUCUUGGGGAUGCCAUUCUUGAUUAUGUCAUAACAAGACAUUUGUACGAGGACUCUCAGAAGUAUUCUCCUGGUAUCCUGACUGAUCUAAGAUCUGCUUUGGUCAAUAACAACAUCUUUGCUGCCUUGGCUGUCAAAUGGGGCUUCCAUAAAUACUUUAAGGCCAUCUCACCCUCGUUGUUCCAAGUAAUAGACAAGUUUGUCAAAUGCCAGAAAGAAAAAAAAGAUGAUGAUAUAGAUAUAGACGAAGAGUUCAGAGAAUUGUCAUUAGAAGAUUGUGAGCAGGAAGAAGGUGCUGAUGAAGAAGAUGAGGAUGAGGAAGUUGAAAUGGAAAUUCCCAAAGCUCUGGGAGAUAUUUUUGAAUCUGUUGCUGGUGCAAUCUAUUUAGAUAGUGGCAUGUCUCUGGAUACUGUUUGGCGAGUCUACUACAGAAUGAUGAAGCCCCACAUAGAUAAAUACCUAAAAAGUAUUCCUAAAUCACCAGUCAGAGAACUUUUGGAAACUGAACCAGAAACAGCUAAAUUUGAACGUCCAGAAAGAACAAUGAAUGGUAAAGUCAGAGUGACAGUUAAUGUUGUGGGUAAGGGUGUUUUCAGUGGAGUGGGCAGGAACUACAGAAUCGCUAAAAGUGCUGCUGCCAAGAAGGCUCUACGCUCCAUUCGCACAAUGGCUCAAAAUUUGUUGGGCUGAUCAUCUGAAUUCGGCUGUACUUUAUUUAUUGAUUGGACUGAAGCAUUUUUUUACAAAAUAUUUUUGCUAUAUAUACAUAUAUGUGUUUACAUGUUAAGUGUCAGCUGAUAGUUUGAUGUUGUAUAGUGUGAAUGUGAUCAUUGGUGAGCAAAGCCUUAUACAUCAAGCAUUCAAUUAGCGAUAUGCAACACUCAGUUUUUAUCAAGUGCUAAUACAAUCUGUUUGAGAUUAAUUCACAAAAAAUGUUCAGUGAAGAGUGAGUGGUUUAUUGACCUGAUAGCUAGUUGAUCAAGCCUCUUUAUCUCAAUGCAAUAACUGGCCUUAAACAUGAAACACUGCUCAGUGAGUGGUUUGCAAAUAUAUAGAAAUAUACUCUUUGUGUAAGUUGUUUUUUUUCUUCUUUUAACUCUUUCACUGCUAAGCAAUGCAUUAAUUUUUGUAAGCACCAUAAUGCAUAACCAUUGCUCAGAAAAAUAGUUAAUGUACUGUUCUAGUUUUUAAAUUUUAGAAGUUCUUUUAAAAAAAAUAUCUUUUUUUAAUUUACACUGCUUUUUUUUUAUAGAAAAAAACCUUGGUUGUUUUUGUGUUUCUGUUAGCCAGAUUUCUUUGUAGUGAAAGAGUCUGUAUGCAUAUUGUGCAAGUAAUUUUUUUAUUUAUUGAAAAGUGCCAUUUUUGUCCAAUAAUCAAAGUAUGUGGAUGAAGCAUUUAUUUUCUUUAUACAAAGAAAACCUUUCAAGCUUCUAAUAGGUAACACUUAUAAAUCAAUUGCAGAAAAAGUCCUUUUUUCUUUUAACUGCAAUGAAAGUAAAUCCACUUAAAAUUACCUUAAUAUUCAAAGUUAAAAAUACCUGGUCAAAGCAUUUAUAUUACAUUAUUUAGAAUUGUUUCAAAUUUAUAUUUACAGUUUGAUAGAAAUUUUUAUUGUCUCUUUUCUUUUCCAAUUGUAAACAGUUGUUAUUGUCAAUUAUAUUUAUGUAAAGAACAAACAAAUUACUUAGUAAAGCGUGAUUUAGUAAGACAUUAUUGAAGAGAAAAAAUAUUAAAGAGAUCCGCAAUA